GAGAGAGAGAGAGAGAUGAGUACAGAAACCGAAAAACCUCGUCUCCUUCCCAUGAGAGGGAUUUUCCCAUAAACCAAAAGCCCUGACCCCAAAGCGUCUCUCUUUUUUUUUUUCUUUUUUUUUUUAAUUUUUUUUUUAUAAAUUAAUCUCUCUUUCUCUCUCUAAUUUUUUAUUUUCCCCUCAAAAUCUCUCUCAUGUCAUAUCAUGCAAGUAGCACCCUAAGCCUUUAACCCCUUCACCCCACGACAUUUGUUUCCCUUAGCCAGCUCAUUCAUUCAACCCCAUCACCAACCUCUCUCCCCCUCUCUCUCUCUCUCUCUCUCUCUCCCUUAUACUUUCUCUCUCUAUCAAACUCUCUCUCUCUCUCUCUCUCUCUCUAAGACUUUCAACGUUUUCUCCACCAGAUCUCUCGGAGUAACCCUUGGAGAUGCGUGCCUCUUGAGCCUUCUUCUUCCUUGUAGUUUUUAUUUUUUAUUUUUUAUUAUUUGGGUUUUUUAUUUUUUUUCUCUCCUCUCAUAGCCCAAUAGAACCAUUAUCUAUACGCGAGAGAGCGAGACCCAUGUAACUUUUUUUUAGAUUUUAAUGGCUUAUCUUUGACUUUUUCUUCGAUUUCUCUGUAAAUGAUCUUGUUGGGUAUUUGGGUUUGAUAAGAGGGUGAGAGUCGGAGUCCAUUUGUUUAGAGAGAGAGAGAGAGAGAGAAAGCAAAAAGAAAAAAAAAAUGGCGAAUGGGGUUGAGUCGGAAACUGGGUUGGUGAUAUUUAGCGAUGAGGAGCUGAGAGAGAUGAGUGGGGUGAAGAGGAGUGGAGACCAUAUAGAGGUGAUGUGUGGCUGUACAAGCCAUAGAUAUGGUGAUGCGGUUGGGAGGCUUAGGGUUUUCAUCAAUGGUGAUCUCGAAAUCACCUGUGAAUGCACCCCUGGUUGUCAGGAAGACAAAUUGACUCCAGCUGCAUUUGAGAAGCAUUCUGGAAGAGAGACUGCUAGGAAAUGGAAGAAUAAUGUCUGGGUCAUUGUUAAUGGGGAGAAGAUUCCAUUGUGUAAGACAGUGCUGCUCAAAUACUACAACCAAGCAUCAAAGAGUGCUAAUGGGUCUCACAGAUCCCAUAAUGGACGGGUUUGUCACCGAGAUGAAUUUGUACGCUGUACCAGGUGCAACAAGGAACGCAGGUUCCGUCUGCGGACAAAGGAGGAAUGUCGUAUUCAUCAUGAUGCUUUUGCAGAUGUGAAUUGGAAAUGUGCUGAUCUGCCAUAUGACAAAAUAACGUGUGAUGAUGAAGAGGAGCGAGCAAGUCGCAGGGUUUACAGGGGCUGUACCCGUUCACCGACGUGCAAGGGCUGCACUUCUUGCGUGUGCUUUGGCUGUGAAAUCUGUCGCUUCUCAGAUUGCAACUGCCAGACUUGCACUGACUUCACAAGGAAUGCAAAAAACUAAGUAUUUAUGGUCCUGAUGUUACACAUUCAUUAUGUGGGUUCUUUGUGCCCAUAAUUGCCCUUUCUUUUUUUCUCAAAGAUAAGAAGAGAGAGAGAGAGAGAGAGACUGCAUUCCCAGUCCUUGAGUUUUGUUGUGCUCAUCGACUGGUUUAAAACUUUUCUAAUUUAGUUAUUUAUUUCACCAAUCAAUGUCUGGCAAUAUGCGCCUUUUCCAUCUC